UCUAAACCCGACUUUUGCAGUAAUCCAACGGUUGUAAACUCUCCCCUCCAAACCACUACACCGCUAAAUUCCAACCUAUCCCCUCUGACUCUGAUUUUGAUUAAUCGGAAUAAAAUGAAUUUACAACCGUCGAUCUAAUCACGAGUGAGUGAGAGAUCACACGAGAGUCUUGUGAUACUGAUUCCUUUGUAGUAGUAGUAGAUGGAGAUUUCAAAUGAGAUCGAAACCGCCAUUAACGAGCUUCCUCCUUAUUCCUUUAAACGUAUCAUCAUCGUCAAACUCUGAUGGAGACUCACCAACAACAACUACCACCUGCCGUUGAAACGCCCUUGUUGCUCGAUUCAAAUCAGGAUCAACCUCCGCUGGCGCCGGAGACCGACGGCGGAGGAGGAGAGGGUGUUAAUGACGACCUAGAUAUAACGCUGGAAUGGUUAGAGACGUUUCUGACGCUUCUUGGGUUUAAUCAGUCCUCUCCUCGGAGCCUUGUUUUGUCUUGGAUCGUGUUUUUAUCGAUUGGUUUGGUGCUUCCGGUUACAGUGUUGGAGCUUGGUCAUUGUUUAGGAUGUGAGAGGUAUCAGUACAAGAGUUUCGAGCUCAACAUCGUUGUUUCACAGGCCUUGUUGGCUGGUGUCUCUCUGCUUUGCGUUUCUCAUAACUUGAGAAAACAUGGGAUUAGGAAGUUUUUGUUCGUUGAUCAACUCAGUGGUCGUAUGGGUCGUCUCAAGGCUCAAUACAUUCUGCAAAUCUCGAACUCUGUGAGGUUGCUUGCAGUAUGGUCGCUACCAUGUUUUGGGUUGAAAGCUGUUCGUGAGAUCAUACGGAUGUAUUACGUGCCUCAUGACCAGCCGUGGCUAUCUGUUGCGAUUCUGUUUUGUAUGAUCUUGUCAUGGACUUAUCUAAGCACUAUAUUUCUAGCUGCUAGUGCCAUGUUUCAUUUGGUAUGCAACUUGCAAGUCAUUCACUUUGAAGACUAUGCAAAGCUCUUAGAAGGGGAGUCUGAAAUCUCCCUUUUCAUCUACGAGCAUAUGCGUUUGCGUCAUUAUCUUUCCAAAAUAAGCCAUAGGUUCCGCAUCUUUCUGCUUCUACAGUUUCUUGUCGUCACAGCUAGCCAGUUUACUACACUUUUCCAGACCACUGCGUAUAGCGGGCGUAUCACGUAUAUCAACGGUGGUGAUUUCGCGGUCUCGGCUGUAGUCCAAACCAUUGGAAUAAUUUUGUGUCUGCACGCAGCAACAAAAAUUUCUCACAGAGCUCAAGCAAUAGCAUCAGUUGCAAGUAGAUGGCAUGCCAUGAUGUCUUGUUCGUCUACAGAUUCAACUCAGAUAAGGACUUCUCCUAGUGGAGUUCACUUGGAGGCCACCACGAAUCCACCGCUCUCCUUUCCAAUAUCCCGUUCAGAAAGUGAUGUGGAAUCAAUGGAUCACUAUAUGAGGAUGCCUGCUCCUAACCACUUUCCUUCUUACAUGUCCAUGUCCUCCUACCACAAAAGACAAGCUUUCGUGUUGUAUUUGCAGAUGAAUCCAGGUGGGAUAACUAUAUUUGGGUGGACAGUAGACAGGCAUUUGAUAAACACAAUAUUCUUCAUUGAGCUUUCUCUGGUUACCUUUGUUCUUGGUAAAACUGUAGUUUUCGGUACCGAAUGACAAGAAAAGGUCUUUUUACUCUUUGCCAUAUAGAGUGAUUUCUUAAAUUGAUUUGGAGAUGAUACUUUUGCAUGAGCGUCUCUUAAUUUGAUAUCUUUCUCUUAAAGAGUGACAAAGCUAUAUUGACAAGGCUUGGUUUGUUCUCUUUCUCUUAUCUCUCUUUUCUUUCAUAGAUCUUUUAGUUUGUACUUUGUACCAUAAACCAAAAAUUAUAAUCCUUGGUCUGUGUCUUGCCACUAAAUAUUUGAUAAAACCUCUGUUACACGA